AUGGGCUAUCCACAAUACGAUAUUCUUGCCCAUCACAAACUAUUCAUAUUGCCAUGUUCCUGCCUGCGACGAGGUUAUCCAGAGUUUAACAUUGCUAUCCAGAGUUUAACAUUGCUAUUCAUAUAUUACGGGUACCGUCUACCUCUCCCAGUUUUCAGCAAUUUUCCUAGAGGUGCCUCUCCUUUCCAGAGAGGAGUUCUCAAAGUAGGGAAAUUAUUUCAAUCAUUCAUCACCUCAAAAGUCGGCAAUGGUAGGCUUACUUCUUUUUGGUACGACACUCGGACACAAGAUAAAGCUCUCAACAUACUUUUUCCUGAUCUUCACGCUUUAGCUUCUGACAAAUCAAUCAGCGUUGCUGAAUUUUUAUCUUCCAACGAUUGGAAACUUCAUUUCGAGUUCCCCCUUAGCCAUGCUGCUUUUGAGAACUUCAAUUCUCUGGUACAAUGCCUUUCAAAUACCAGAUUAUCAGAUUAUGAGGAUGUUAGAUCAUGGAAAUGGAACACACCAGCAAUUUUUACUGUCGAAAACUACUAUCUUUUUCUCGUCAACGGGGGAAUUCGGACCAUACUCAGCAAGAUCCUUUGGAAGUUGACCAUUCCUGAGAAGUUGUCGCAGGGAUUGUUUAACUAUCAAAUUAUAAACGAUCUAUUUGGAGAUGGAAUCUUUGCAGUAGAUGGUGAUAGAUGGCGUCACCAACGAAAGCUUGCAAGCUAUGAAUUCUCAACAAAAGUUUUAAGAGACUUUAGUGGUGCCGUUUUCAAAAGUAAUGCUGUAAAGCUUGCUCAUACAAUUUCUAAAAGUGUGAUCGCUAACAAAAAAUUGGAUAUUCAAGACUUGUUGAUGAAGUCAACAAUGGACUCCAUAUUUAAAGUAGGGUUUGGGAUGGAUCUCGACUGCUUGCAAGAUUCUCAUGAUGGAAGCAUAUUUGCAAAUGCAUUUGAUGAUUCGAGCGAGUUCAUUAUGCUACGUCUCGUUAAUGUCUUUUGGAAGAUCAUGAAGCUUUUGAACAUAGGUUCUGAAGCGAUGCUCAAGGAAAGAAUCAAAGUGGUCGAUGAUUUCAUAUACAAGGUGAUCGAUAAGCGAGUUGAACAAUGUUCAAAUGGAAGAAAUGAUUUAGCGAAGAAAGAAGAUAUCCUAUCAAGGUUUUUGGAGGAGAGCAAGAAGGAUCCGCAAAAUAUGACCCAUCAGUAUUUAAGAGAUAUAGUACUGAAUUUUCUGAUCGCUGGUAAAGAUACCACAGCAGGCACUCUAUCUUGGUUCUUCUAUGUUCUUUGCAAAAAUCCUUCAAUUCAAGAAAAGAUAUCUCAAGAAGUCAAGGAAGUAACUGAAGCUAAUGAAGAUGCAACCUUCGAUGAUUUCGCCAAAAGUAUUACUGAUGAAUCUCUUAACAAGAUGCACUACCUUCAUGCUGCACUCACGGAAACGUUAAGACUGUAUCCUGCAGUUCCGUUAGAUAACAAGGUUUGCUUUUCAGAUGACGUUCUUCCUAAUGGCUUUAAUGUGAGGAAAGGGGACAUCGUGUUUUAUCAACCUUACGCAAUGGGUAGAAUGGAAUACUUAUGGGGUAAGGAUGCCGAGUGUUUUCGACCAGAAAGGUGGCUCGACGACAAUGGAAUUUUCCAAGCUGAAAGUCCUUAUAAGUUCACAGCCUUCCAGGCUGGUCCAAGGAUUUGUUUGGGAAAGGAGUUCGCUUACAGACAGAUGAAGAUAUUUGCAGCUUUCCUCCUCCGCUUCUUUGUGUUCAAGCUUAGUAACGAGAAGACGGUUGCCAAUUAUAGAACCACCAUAACCCUUCAUAUUGAUCAGGGUCUCCAUCUUCAUGCUUUUUUAAGAUUUAAUACAUAGAAUAAUGCGUUUGGUGUACCGGUAAUUUUGUUAUGACAAGGGACCCGAAUAUUAUUAAGUAUAAAACGUGUUUGAAAU